AUGAUCAAAUCACAAAAAUCUCGUGAUCGUGAUUUGAAUUAUAAACUGUAUCAACAAAAUCAUGGUUUUGGAUAGAAGGAUAAAGAAAAUUAUCAACCAAGAACAUUAAUUGAUCAAAGCUUAGAAUUAAUUGAUCCAACUCCCAAUAUUCAUACAUUAUUUGUACAAUUUAAUGAACGUUUUUUUUGGAAUGUUCUACUUCCUGUUGAAGUUAAAUGGAGUCCUAGAAUGACAAGUUGUGCUGGUAUAUGUAGUUUCCAUCCUAGAAAUCGACAAUGUGUAAUUUCACUUAGUGCACCAUUAUUAAAACUUAGACCAAGGAAAGAUCUAAUUGAAACUCUAUUGCAUGAAAUGAUUCAUGGAUACUUGUUUCUCACAAAUAAUAAUCGUGAUAGAGAUGGUCAUGGCCCAGAGUUUUGUAAACAUAUGGAUAGAAUAAAUAAAAUAGCUGGAACAAAAAUAACUAUAUAUCACAGUUUUCAUGAAGAAGUUAGAUUAUACAAACAACAUUGGUGGAGGUGUAAUGGCCCUUGUCAAAAAAAAGCUCCAUAUUUUGGAACAGUGCGUAGAGCUAUGAAUCGUGCACCAGGUCCAAAUGAUUUUUGGUGGAAAGAACAUCAACAAUCUUGCAGUGGCCAAUUUAUUAAAAUUAAAGAACCAGAAAAUUUUAAAGCAAAAGCUUCAAAAAAUAAAGAGAAAGUGAAACCUUCUCCCAAAAAUGGUAACUCAGGGUAUAAUAUAUCUAAUUGGCUUACAAAGCCUAUUCCACCUAUUAUUGAAGCUACAUCUACAUCCACCCCCAAGAAUAUCAAAUCAGUUUUAAAUAACAACAAUUCUUUGAAUGGACUUAAAAAACUUGGAAAUAAUACAAACAAUGUUCAUGGUUGGGGUAUAGGAGGACCAAAUGGUUCAAGUAAUUCACAAAACCAUAGUAACCCCAGUACUAGUACACCUACUACUACAUCUAAAUAUUCCUCUUCUGGAGUUCUUGGUGGUUCUAAUACAGGACGAAGUAAUUUGCUAAACAAAUUAUAUAAUAGUAAUAAAAAUCAUUGUUUCAAUGAAACAUUAACUAGUAGUGUAAAAACUGUUGUUGAAGCACAAGUAAAACUUGUGGAAUGUCCAAUAUGUAGUAACCUUGUAUUAAAUGAUGAUAUAAAUAAACAUAUAGAUUCUUGUUUAAUAACAGGAAAUGAAAAGACAGAUAAAACUGAAAGAGAAAUUACAAUGAAAAACUAUAAUGUUAAUUCUCCCAAAGUAAAAGUAAAAACACAUACUUCCCCAUUUGCACAGAAAAGAAAAAAUAAUACAAAUACAUUUUCAACUAAGCAACCAAAAUUAAAUGAAUUGCAAAAUUCUAAAAAAGGAAAUUGUCCCAUUUGUAAUACAAGUUUUGAUCUUGUGGAUAUAAAUGAGCAUAUUGAUAAGUGCCUUUCACGAACACACGAACAAGAUGAUAAUUCUAUUAUUACAUUGAAUGAUACAAAUUAUAAAAAUGAAAGUGUAAAUGAAAGUACAAUUUCCAUUAGUAGUAUGUCCAGUAAUAAUUCAUCCUCUUCUUCAACUAGCGAAAAUUCGGAAGAUCUUUGCCCUACUGGAAAGUUUCAGGAAAACAAUGUAAUUAAUACUACCUCACAUAAUUGUUUAGUUUGUAAUGAAUUCAUUCUGCCUGGGAUGUCAUUGAAUGAUCACUUAGAAGAGUGUAUUGGGAACGUUUUUAACUGUGAUUCAGAUUUAUCAUUUAACUGUGAUAAUGAUGAAACGCCAAAACUUGUUUCAGAAGUGUCGAUUAAUCAGAACACUAAAUAUCCUUGUCCUGUUUGUAUGCAAUUAAUAGCAGAAUCUCUAAUGAAUCAGCAUUUAGAUAUAUGCCUUAAAAAUGCAUAA